CCGCGAAGUGGGAGCAUUAUAAAGACGUCACCCCAUGCUUCGACCGUGCCAGCGAAGUGCGCAGCUCUUAACUACACAACUCCAAUCUCCGAAUGCCUACAGACGUUACAGUUUGUCACAUCGAUCCUGGAUGUAAGCAUUCUGACACCACAAUCUGCGGUGGGUCCACAGCCGGAACAUAUUUGCGUUGGCACAGGACAUUUCUGAAUCGCUCUGGGACUCGAAGUCCUGAACGGAACGUUUCAACAGCGCUCGCACGUUUUUAACAAGAGUGACCUGGGGCCAGCGGGAGCAGCAUGGAGGAGGCGGCUGCCCAGCGCCCCCCUCUCAGCAGGCCGGCGCGUGGGCUCCAGGAGUGGAAGAGGCGGGUCAAGUCCGAGUACAUGAGGUUGCGCCAGCUCAAGCGCUUCCGCAAGGCUGAGCAGGUCAAGGCCCUGUUCCUGUCCAACCGCCAGAAGAUUGAGACUAGAACCCAACUGCUGAAUGAGGAGUGGUCCAAACAUAGAGUCCAGUCAGUCCCCCUAGCCACUGCCACAGGGUCACUGCCCAACAAGAAGCUCUGCAUGGUGGAGUUCAGUUUCCCCCCUUUCCAGAACCAGACUGUUGCUAUGCGACCACUAACAACAGUUGCUGGGAUACCAUUUAUGUACUCAUGGUCUCCUUUGCAGCAAAACUUCAUGGUGGAGGACGAGACAUUUCUCCAUAACAUCCCGUACAUGGGAGAUGAGGUACUAGAGCAAGACGAAGCCUUUCUAGAGGAGCUGAUUGAUAACUACGAUGGUGUCCAUGGUGACAGAGAGGGUGGCUUCAUCAAUGACGAGAUCUUUAAGGAGCUUGUGGAGGCCCUGAGCCAGUACUCUGACCAUGAGGAGGAAGAGGAGGAGGCUGAGGACGGAGAGAGGAAGAGCGCAGGGGAGGAGCCCAAAGACGGACCAAUCACCACGCUCGGGGGGAACACGCCGAGCCUAGCCGAAGGCUGUGAAGGCUCCAACAGUCUGAAGAUGCCUCAUGACAAGAUCUUCACUGCCAUUGCGUCCAUGUUCCCCUACAAAGGAACUAUGGAGGAGCUGAAACAGAAGUACAAAGACCUCUUGGAACCGCCAAGUCCAGUAAAGUGCCCUCCGCUGUGCACCCCAAACAUGGACGGUCCACACGCCAAGUCGGUCCAGCGCGAGCAGAGCCUGCACUCCUUCCACACGCUUUUCUGCCGCCGCUGCUUCAAGUACGACUGCUUUCUCCACCCCUUCCAUGCCUCACCCAAUGUUUACAAGAGAAAGAGCAAAGAGAUCCGCAUGGAGACAGAGCCGUGUGGGUUGGAGUGUUUCCUUCUGCAGAAAGGGGCAAAGGAGUUUGCUGACCAGCACAUGUUCAAAUCGCAGCGAUCGCGCCGCCACCGCCGCCGGCAGCCCCGUGCCUCUGUGUCUGAUGUUCCUGCAUCCUCCGGCUUGGCGGAGGAGAGCAAAGACGGGGACAGUGACCACGAGACGACCAGCUCCUCAGAGGGGAACUCUCGCUGCCAGACCCCCACCAAACAGCGGCCGGAGGAGGAGGGGGAGGAGGCGGAGGUUGAGGCCCAGGGGGAGCAGCAGUGGAGCGGAGCUGAGGAGUCGCUCUUCAGAGUCCUCCAUGGCACCUACUUCAACAACUUCUGCUCCAUCUCCAAACUUAUCGGCACCAAGAACUGCAGACAGGUGUAUGAGUUUGCUGUGAAGGAGGUCCUGAUUCACCGUAUGCCAGUGGAGGAUGGAGGAGUGUCUCCACAGAAGAAAAAGAGAAAGCACAGGUUAUGGGCCAAAAUCCAGCUAAAAAAAGAUAAUUUGUCCAAUCAGGUGUAUAACUACCAGCCGUGUGACCACCCUGAGCACCCGUGUGACAGCUCUUGCCCCUGCGUGAUGACCCAGAACUUCUGUGAGAAAUUCUGCCAGUGUGACCAUGAAUGCCAGAACCGUUUCCCAGGGUGCCGCUGUAAGACGCAGUGCAACACUAAGCAGUGCCCGUGUUACCUGGCUGUGCGCGAGUGCGACCCCGACUUGUGCAUGACCUGCGGGGCGUGCGACCAUUGGGAGAGCAAGCAGGUGUCCUGCAAGAACUGCAGCAUCCAGAGAGGCCUGAAGAAGCAUCUGUUGCUGGCUCCCUCUGAUGUAGCAGGGUGGGGCACCUUCAUCAAAGAGUCCGUUCAGAAGAACGAGUUCAUCUCUGAGUAUUGUGGAGAGUUGAUUUCACAGGAUGAGGCUGACAGACGUGGGAGAAUCUAUGACAAAUACAUGUCCAGCUUCCUCUUCAAUCUGAAUAACGACUUUGUCGUGGAUGCCACAAGGAAAGGGAACAAAAUCCGCUUUGCCAAUCACUCCGUCAAUCCCAACUGCUAUGCCAAAGUUGUCAUGGUGAAUGGAGACCACCGCAUUGGGAUCUUUGCCAAGCGAGCCAUCCAGCAAGGAGAGGAGCUUUUCUUUGAUUACAGAUACAGCCAAGCAGAUGCACUGAAGUACGUUGGAAUUGAGAGGGAGAUCGAUGUCGCCUAGACAAAGGAUGGGUCCUCUUUACCAUGAACUUUGACCUCUGACCUUGAGGUUCCUGACUCCACCGCAUUCCGUCACACUCUGUCUGGUCUGUAUGACAUAGAAGCUCAGCCAGCCAACCAACACAUUGGAUGGCGGCUCCUCUGUCCAUGUCAAGUCAAUUAUCUCAAUCACACGACCACAUCAAACACAGAACUCUCUCUCCCCACACACACACACACACACACACACACACACACACACACACACACACACACACACACACACACACACGCACACACACACACACACACACACACACACAAACACACACCAGGUCUCUCUGUAACAAAUCAGUGUACCCUGUUUAGAUCUCAGUUCUCACCUCUGUUAGACAACAGGUCCUGUGCACCUGAAGCUGCUUGAGCUCCCUAACCUUUGUCUUGCUCUAUUUAUCUGACUAGCUCAUUCAGUCUGCAUCCUAACAGCCCUGCUGCUCUGUCUGUUUGCUACUCUGCUCAGAGUAGACCGUGCUAUGCCUCAGUGUCGAUGUAGUCGCUAUUGUCCAGUUAGUCCUUCACGUCUGUUCGGAUCUCUUUAGAUCUCUGCUCCGCCGCCCUUACUAAAGGUGUAGCAUCUGUACUCCACUCCACACACGCUAACCGGUUAACUGGUCAUCUCAUCCCUGUUAAUGGUCUCGGACACAUCUGAUGAACACCUAGUCUCUUGUCUGGUUAACCCUCAGUCAUAACGGCAGUCAGUGGGUUUCUCACUGCAGGAGGUCAUCAACUCAUAGCAUCAUGUGUUAGCCUCCGUAGCUUUAGCGAGAUCUCAUAGCUUAUCCCCAACCUGAACUUGCAUGCUGCAACAUCUUUCCCUGUCUUAAACUCAUUAGAAACAGUUCAGUUAUCUGUUACAAAAACUCCUGAGUAAAACCAUGAGAAUAAUAAUAAGCCGACCUAAUGAAUGUGAACGGUCAUUUUGGCUGUUAGGCUGCCCCUCAAUUACACAAAAAGCUUUUCAUUUCAAAUAACAAAGGCUGAAAGUUUAUUGAAAGUUGGUGUGAAAAAAGAUUUAAAAAGCACUACCGCUUGUAGCCUAUAUAUAAUUGUGUUUCAGUGUGUUUGCCACAUUGUUGUUUAGGUGGCCUGGCCCUUAGAGACGCUGAGGUGAAAAUAAAGAAAUGAUGACGUUAUGUUGUACCAGAUCAGAUAGAAAUCCGAUCAAAUUUUUGGAGUUGCAUUCCAUGGAGGAUAAAGUUCAGAAGACAGAUGAAGGGACUUGAGGGAGAAUCAAAAAUGAAGGAUCUUUCUUGAAUUUCCCCUGGGGAUCAAUAAAGUAUCUAUCUAUCUAUCUAUAGGAGUAGAAGUAAGAAGAAGACAGAUGAGUUAGAGAGAGAUGAGAAAAAAGAUAGAGGAUUAGGAUAGCACUGUUUAUAUGUUCAGUGGUUCCCAAACUUUUCAUUGCAGGUCUACAUUUCACACAGUAAAAAACAAAUAGCAACCACCCCCACCCCCCCCCCCCCCCACCCCCCCCACUACCAUCAGCACCAGGAUGCAAAAUUGAGAUACUCACACAUUACCUGCGAUAUAACUUAGGAUCAACUGUUGUAUUGCUUUUCUUAUUGUGCACAUUUCAACAGUUGAAUAAAUUCUCUUUAUUAAAAACAUACCCAUCUUUAACUUCUCGCUUGGUUGUAAAUCUGUACCGUAUUCAUGUUAGGCACAUGUCCGUAGUAUUAAUAAUUAGGCCAGCUGCUCCUUCUCACAUAUAGACAAAAUGCAGACUCUGACCAUAAUGCACAAGUCCAAAGUAGGCUAUAAUCAUGUCACUAAAUAUGUAGUCAUCACUUAGUAAGGCUACUGUGCUGAAAGAGCACUCUCAUACCAAAUUUAUAAAUGCAACCUGUAGUUGGUUGUUUACAGUUUUGUUACCCUCACCCCCUAUGCAACCAUUGGGAGCCCGUCCCACACUUUGGGAACCACUGCAUCAGUUUCAUGUUUAAAGGCCCUCCAGUGCAGGAGUUGUGAAACCCCCAUGAAACCAGUUUGACAGGAACUCUGUUGCAGUAGAUCAUAGGUAAAGUGUUAGCAGGGACCUUUGCUGCUCUCUAGUGGAUAGGCAACAGAAAUGCAUCCAGAGACAACUAUGGCUGCUGUGGUCAUCAAUCUUAUUUCCUCUCCCGCCCCAUGGCAUAUAUUCCAUCUUCCCUUGGCCCCAGAUCUGCAUACUUGACUGAACUUGUCAGCUGCAGCCUUGAUUAGCAGAGCACACCAUCUUAAGGGAAUCAGCAGCAUUUUAAUUCAUUACAAUGAUUUUAUUUAUGUGUGCUUGGGCCAGGGAUAGACGGCACAUGUGCAGGGCAGGGCAGCACCAAGAGUAGGGUUAAGACUCCCUGUAGAGAAACUAGCAUGGUCAUUUAAUUGGGUGGUCAGGUUGUUUUAAACGUAUUAAACAUGACAAGGCAGGCAAGGAAGCUCUCCCUUUUGGAAAUCUGAAUAUGAACUAUACACAUUUAAAAGCGCUUGUUUUACAAGCCUUGGUUAUCAUCUCAAAUGAACCCCAGUCUUGAAAGAAGUGUUACCAAAUACAACCAGGCCUUAAGUAUUUUUAUGUCCAAUGAAGAAGAUGUUUACAAAUAGAUCAUAUUAAGCUAUUUCUAUGCUACUAUGUAUAAUGAGAUAAUUAUAAGUUACCCAGAGGGCUUUACUGGUAUGGUGCUGAUGGUUACAGCUCUAUGACUCCAGGAGGCUGCAAAAAGUAAGACGGGAAGGUUACAUUUCAAAGGCUGUAGGUGGACUCUGUAGCUGUGGCUAGGCUAACUGGCCACUUGCAGACUGCAGGAGUUGAACGUUGAUGUGUGCAUGUGUGUGCCACCAGGUGUGUGCAUGUGUGUAUGCUCACACAGUUCUCCUCCUGCCUGGAAGAAGAUAUAUAUUGUCAUUGGCAUCCCUCCCCUCAUUCCAAAAGUUGUUUGACAAGCAAUUUGAGACGUGUGUUAUUGUGUGCUGAAAUGACACAUAAAGAUGCUAAUGGAUAUCCUGUCAUGUAAAUGUUAGCAGAUAUGUGUAUGAAAGUAAAUAAACUCUACAUUUAUACUGUA